AUGCCCCAAGGCCAUGGGACAAGGCUGUCCCACCCAUCCAGGACCAGCAUAAAAGCCGGCCCAGAGCCUCUCUCCCUCACACACUUGUCCUCACAUCUUCUCCUCCUGCUCCAGCUGACAACAGGGACCCUCCACACCACACCCAUGGCCUGCUACGACAUCUGCCGUCCCUGUGGACCCACCCCGCUGGCCAACAGCUGCAACGAGCCCUGUGCCCUGCAAUGCCAGGAUUCCCGCGUCAUCAUCAACCCUUCCCCCGUGCUGGUGACCCUUCCAGGACCCAUCAUGACCUCCUUCCCCCAGAACACCGCUGUUGGAUCCACCUCCUCGGCUGCCGUGGGCACUGAACUCAGUGUGCAGGGACAGCCCAUCUCUGGUGGAUUUGGUGGUUUUGGUGGUUUUGGUGGCUUUGGCUAUGGUCUGGGCUAUGGCAGUGGAUUUGGCUACGGGCUGGGCGGUGGCUAUGGGCUGGGAGGCCUGGGCUGCUAUGGCAGAAGGGGUGGCUACAACUGCUAA